AUGAAGUCUACGGUGGCCUCCGUGGCCGCCAAAUGGACGGCACUCCUGGCUCUGCUAUGCAUCCUGGUGUGUCUCGUCAACCCUGCAGCUGCCGUCAAGGAGCACGACUUCAAAAAGUGCCACCAGUCUGGCUUCUGCAAACGCAACCGAGCCUACGCCGAUGAUGCUGCCGCCCAGGCCUCGACCUGGAGCUCCCCCUACAAUGUGGUCCACGACACCGUCUCCUUCUCCAACGGCCGACUGAAGGCCAUGGUACUCAAGACGAUCAACGACAACGGCGAUACCGAACGUUUCCCCCUCACCCUCUCCCUGCAUAAGUCGGGAACUGCCCGCUUCACCGUCGACGAGGAGAAGAGACGCAACAAAGACAUCACCCUCCGACACAACAGCAAGGCGCGCAAGGAGCGCUACAAUGAGGCGGAUCACUGGGUGCUCGUUGGCGGUGUCGACCUGGACGUCGAGGCCAAGCUCUCUCAUCAGGACCAGUCGCAGGUCAACAUCAACUACGGUCCGGAUGGCAAGUUUGAGGCUGUCGUCAAGUUCUCGCCCCUUGAGGUCGACUUUAGGCGUGAUGGCGAGUCCCACGUCAAGUUCAACGACCGCGGACUCUUCAACAUGGAGCACUGGAGGCCCAAGGUUGACAACCCGGAGCCCCCCAAGCAGGUCGAGGGUGAGGAAGACAAGGACGGUCAGGAGAAGAAGGAGGAUGUCAAGGAUAAGAAGAAAAAGAACAAGGAAGAUGAUCCCGAGAGCACAUGGUGGGAGGAAACGUUUGCCGGAAACACCGACUCCAAGCCCCGCGGCCCGGAGAGCAUCUCCCUCGACAUCUCCUUCCCCGGCUACGAGCACGUCUACGGUAUUCCCGAACAUACAGGUCCCAUGUCUCUAAGGCAGACGCGCGGAGGCGAUGGCAGUCACACUGACCCCUAUCGCCUUUACAACUCGGAUGUGUUCGAGUACGAACUCGACAGCCCCAUGACUCUUUACGGCUCCAUCCCCUUUAUGCAGGCUCACCGCAAGGACUCGACGGUUGGUGUCUUCUGGCUCAACGUAGCCGAGACCUGGAUCGACAUCACCAAGAGCAAGGGUAGCUCCAACCCGCUGAGCCUGGGUAAGGGUGGCAAGGAGACGACGACGCAGACACACUGGAUGUCCGAGGCCGGCAUCAUGGAUGUCUUUGUCUUCCUGGGCCCCACGCCCGCGGACCUGAACAAGGCCUACGGCGAACUGACGGGCUACACCGCCCUCCCCCAAGAGUUUGCCGUUGGAUACCACCAGUGCCGAUGGAACUACAUGUCGGACGAUGACGUCAAGGACGUGGACGUCAAAUUUGACAAGUUCAAGAUCCCCUACGACGUCAUCUGGCUGGAUCUGGAGUACACGGACGACCGUAAGUACUUCACGUGGGAGCCCAACAUGUUUGCGGACCCCAUCAGCAUGGGCGAGCAGCUGGCGCAGCACGGGCGGAACCUGGUGGUGCUCAUCGACCCACACAUCAAGAAGUCGGACAGCUGGGCCAUCAGCAAGGACAUUGUGUCCAAGGACCUGGCCGUGCACGACAAGGAGGGUAAGUUGUGGGAAGGGUGGUGCUGGCCCGGCUCGUCCAACUGGGUCGACUGCUUCAACCCCAAGGCUAUCGAGUGGUGGAAGACGCUGUUCAAGUACAGCAACUUCAAGGGCAGCCUGGCGAACACCUUUAUCUGGAACGACAUGAACGAGCCGUCCGUGUUCAACGGGCCUGAGACGACGAUGCCCAAGGACAACCUGCACCACGGCGGCUGGGAGCACCGCGACAUCCACAACGUCAACGGCCUGACCUUCCACAACGCCACCUUCCAAGCCAUGGUGUCUCGCAAGAAGGGCGAGUUCCGCCGGCCCUUCAUCCUGACGCGAUCGUUCUAUUCCGGCUCCCAGAGGCUGGGCCCCAUGUGGACGGGGGACAACCAGGCCAACUGGGACCACCUGGCAGCCUCGAUCCCCAUGGUUCUCAACCAGGGAGUCGCGGGCUACCCCUUUGCGGGUGCCGACGUGGGCGGCUUCUUCGGCAACCCGGACAAGGACCUGCUCACUCGGUGGUACCAGGCAGGAACGUUCUACCCCUUCUUCCGAGCGCACGCGCACAUCGACUCGCGGCGCCGCGAGCCCUACCUGCUCGGAGACCACGUGGACAAGGUGACGGCGGCCAUCCGGCUCCGGUACCAGCUCCUCCCGUCGUGGUACACGGCCUUUUACCAGGCCAACAAGGACGGCAGCCCGAUCGUCAGACCCAUGUUCUGGACACACCCGUCCGAGGAGGGCGGCUUCGCCAUCGACGAUCAGAUGUUUGUCGGGUCGACGGGCCUGCUGGUCAAGCCUGUGGUGGAGCAGGGCAAGGAGACGGCGGACAUCUGGAUCCCCGACGACGAGGCGUACUACGACUACUUUACGUACGAGGUCAAGAAGACGCAGAGGGGCAGGCACCUGACCGUCCCGGCCCCGAUAGACACCAUCCCACUCCUAAUGCGGGGCGGCCACAUCUUCCCCCGCCGCGACAUCCCCCGCCGGUCGGCGGCCACGAUGCGCUUCGACGACUACACGCUCGUGGUGACGGUGUCCAAGCACGGCGCAGAGGCAGAGGGCGAGCUGUACGCCGACGACGGGGACACGUUCAAUCACGAGCAGGGGCAGUACAUUCACCGCAAGUUCACGCUGUCGGGCGACCAGACGCUCACGUCUACGGACGCCGAAGGCCGCAACGCCAAGUCCAUCAAGGAGGGCGCGUGGCUCAAGGCCAUGAGGGAGGUGUACGUCGACAGAAUCAUCGUCGUCGGAGCCCCCGCCUCGUGGAACAAGUCGGAAGUGCAGAUCAAGACGGGAGACGGACGCUCCUGGUCCGUCAAGGUGCAGUACCACGGUGAGGAGAAGGGUCGGGCUGCGUAUGCCGUGGUUGGACGCGUGGGUGCCCGGGUAGGAGAGGACUGGACUAUCACGGUGUGA